AAUAGGUCGCCGGCCUGCCGAUUAAGAUCUUUUUCUGUGUAUGACUAUGAGAAGGCUAAUAUAGUCAAAAGUGGAGCUCAUGUGAUCGCUUCAGAAUUUCCCAUCGCUGACAAAAUGUGAAGCUCCCGCGCAUAGCAAGGACCGGACGGAUCGGGAGGCCCGGCGGCAACGGUAGUCGAGUCAACGGUAAUCGACGUCGAGCAACGGUAAUAAAUCGAGUCAACUACAAACCGCCAAGCAGUAUUUUCUGUCAAAGACCGUCGCGCCACCUGAGUGGCGGUACGGCUCUCCCAAAUACUACCUCCACCCUCGUGAAUCAAUAAAUCACCAUCACGAUGAUGGCCUCUUCCUUCGGUGGCGGUGCGAACCCCGCGAUGUCGCUAGGCGCCGCACGGCAGAAACAGGAGCAGUUGCGAAUGAUCUUGCGGCUGCGGCCCCCGGAGGACCCGAGUAAACUGAACACCGUGCUGGAGCGCGUGGAAGACCGCACGGUGUUUCUCCGGGACACCCGGAAUGAGCGGUACGAGGAUAAGCACUUUUCUUUCGACGCGGUGUACGAAAUGGAAAAAACCGGCGAGAUUUUCGACAAGGAGCUGGGUCCCAAGGCGCUCGAGCCGCUGUUCGACGGCAAGCACUGCACCGUCUUCGCGCACGGGGCCACCGGGUCGGGGAAGACCUACAGCAUGCAGGGCGACGACUUGGGCGCGAACUGCGGGUUCGUCCCCUUAGCCGUGCGGAACAUUCUGGACUUGUGGAAGAGCAAGCAGCUGGACCCGGACUGCACGGAGGAGUACAAAGUGACGUUCUCCCUCUACGAGCUGUAUUGCGAUAAAGUCCGGGAUCUGCUCCAGGACUUGCCGAAAGAGGACGCGUUUCAACUGCACCCAACGUCCCGCGGCGUCCCGAAGGCGACGAAGCGGUGGCUGGGGGACGGAAAUCCGCACUUACGGGGCAGCAUCGACCACAGCGACCAGGGCGGCGGGGGGUUGAAGCAAACGAAGUAUAGAAUAGACGACCUCCCGGUGCAGAUGGACACCAAUCAGCAGGAAGUGGUCGGGGGCCUCAGCUCCGUGCCGAUUGAGUCGGUAGAGCAGUUUCGCGAUUUGUACGCAAACAGAAUCAGGCAGCGCAAAACGGGCGCCACCUCCUUGAACAACUGCAGCUCGCGGAGCCACUGCUGCAUCCAGAUCGCGGUGGAAAAGCUGGACUUUUCCCGGGCGGAAGAGAAUGGCAAGCAAGAGAAAGUGUCGAUGACGCGGCACGUGAAGCCAGUGCAACAGCAGGUCGGCAAACUGUUCAUGGUGGAUUUAGCGGGUUGUGAGGACAACCGCGAGACGAAUACCGCCGGCCGGGGCAGCCGAAUUGACGAAAGCAAAAAGAUCAAUUCCACGUAUUUGUCGCUGGUGAAGGUUUUCUCUGCGUUGCGCGCAGGCCAACCGCUCAAGCCGGUGUGUCGGGACGACAAGCUGACCCGUUUGCUGCGCAUCGCCUUGGAAAGCAGCGCGAAUCCGACGCUGGUGCUGAUCACCGUGAACCCCAUUCCACAGCAGCUGCAGGCGAUUCUGAACACGUUCUCGUACUUGAACGUGGCCCCCGACCCGAUGCCGACGUCCCGCGGCGGGCCCGGCGGGACCACCGCGCGGACAGAUAGCCAAAGGCCCAUGACGGCGCGCGGACAGGAAAAAGCACCGCCGCGACCGAGCUCAGCGGGGCUGGGAACCACGGCAGGGGAGGCCAGCUUGGCCGGCGCGGUGGUACCUCAAUUUCUCUUUUUUAGUUUUUGCAGGGCUAGUUCUGAUGAUGUGAUGAGUUCCUUGAAAUCAUGCAGGUCAGCAGAGCAUGUAGUUGGCAGAAAUGGAAGAUCCUCUCGUGCUGCCUUCAGGUAAACAAUUCCGGUACAACAACUACGGCAAUAGAAGUGAACGAAGAAAAAAAUACGCCACCCUCGCCAACAAGAAAAGUCAAGCGGUUUCAGAGUCCUCCUGGUGGCGCGCGAACGGAUGCUGGUCCUAAAGAGGUAGCGGAGACUUCAACGAAAGAAAAAGCACGCAUUCGCGCAGGAACGCCAACUCGCGGAACCCUACGAGUUCCGGGCAAGGCAGGUAACUAGAAGUGUACACAUGAGGAGUAAAGAUGUUUUCGGGGGAGGAAUGAGUAGGUACUUACUUCUUGCGCAAAAAAGGUAGAGGAUUUAGUCAAAUUCAGAACCACGAACUCGCAAUACAUUAGGUAACGCACCGCAACCCAAUGCACGACCUGGCACCCCAAGAAGAAAUCUUUCUGGCCCCUCGCAGCGCGGAAACACUGAGAAACUACAGUUGGCGCCACGUGUGGCAGAUAGGGGCAAAGUGCGCGAGUCUGUAGCCGGGGCUUCAGCGUCUAGCAACGGUAGAGAAUUUUUGCUUUUAUCAUGUCUUUCUUCUGUUAGGAGAAACUGAAGUGCUGCUCGCAUAUAUGUUCGCUUUAGCUCUCUGGUCGUCGUCGAGAGGGGCUUUUGGAUGCUUGUGAGACAUAGCAAAAAUAAGCCACCGUUCGUCUGUGUGACAUACAGGCACUGCAUCCGGUCCAGUUGCAACUGGAAAUGGCACGACUGGAGCUCUUUCCUCAAGCGCCUCCGCCUCGUCUUCCUCGUCCGGAUCCGGGAUCUUUGGCAUCGCCGCGAAAAUGACAGACAGUAUUUUUGGGCGCAAUCUAUCAACUGUAAAAAUGUCUGGGUCUGGAAGAAUGCAACUUGUGAUGCGCAUUUUACAACCCAUAAAAAUCUCUCAUGCAGAGGCAGCAAAAGAUGCCCACUUCCUGUCACCAAAAUGGGGGAUUUGUCAUGCGGAUUAGGCAAUGCGGAAGCUUCUCGAAAUCUGUGAUGCUAGGGCUGCCAUGACAGACAUUCUGUGUCAUGCAAAAGCAGCAUGACUCUUCCAGACCCAGACAUUUUUGCAGUUGAUACAACCGCCGCGAAACUGAUCUUCGGAGGACGACACUUGGAGGCCACAACGCUCCCAAUCGGAGCAGGCACCAAAGUCCGGUAGAUCCAGAGCAGCCCGUGGCGAAUAAUAGAGCAGGGUAUAAAAUGCGGUUUUUGGUGGCGAGGAUUCUCAUGACUACAUCCGCAUUUUUUCAGCAUGAAUUUUUCACUCAAGGGGAGGUGCCUAAGUUUCUCCACACCACAGAAAUGAUGAGAUUCACAUCUAGAAUUGUGUGACAAGUACACUCGUCCCAUUUUCUGUCAGUGCCGUCGGGCUCCGCAGCGUGACAACGACAUCGUCGGCGAACGAUGGGGAGCUGCAGGGUUUAAACCGCGGGCGAGAGCAAUCUCUUCUUGCCGAGAUUAAUCGCUUGAAGGCGCAGGAGAAACAGCACACCCAGCACGUUGACAGCCUGACGCGCCUAGGCUCGGACCGGGACCAAGAAAUAGAGGAAUUGAGAAGUGAUUUGCGCAGGAAGGAAGAGGAAUGUGUCCUGCAGGAAGAGGAGCUUCGAGAAAAGCAUGAAAAGGAGUCUGACUUCGUGCUGCAGAUCUCAGAUCUGGAGAAAGAAAACCGCGACCUCAAACGCCAGAAUGAGUUGCUGCGACAAAAACUGCACAGGCAGACCCAGGAGCUGCUGGACUUGAGAAAUAGAGUACAACCGAUGGAAGUGCCAACAAGGAGCAGUGGCGCGUCUUUGUCGAUUCCGCGCCAGGAGUUGUCCCCGAAUGGCGAGGAGCAUUUUGACGUUCUGAAUCUGGAAGAAGACGAAGAGCGAUGGGAGCCUGCGGAACCGGAAAUGCUGGUGGUUGACGCCGACGAGGACGGCGGGGAAGGUGUGGCGUCAGGAGAAGGUGCAAUUAGCAAUGGUUCCUUCAUUCCCGCAGAAAAAAUGAACUUCACAGCCGGCUCCCGCGAACAGUCUCAACACCAGCGCGAAGCUGUUUCAACAUCCGCCGGGGGAACCAUGUUAGCACCAUCCUCGGCCGCCGGCAGUAGAACUACUGGCGCGCCACCUCAAAGCAACGGGUUCAAGAAUUAUUCCGAGGAGAGUUUCGCCCUGCAGUUCAAAACUGAGCGCAACAGCAUCGGGACCAGCAGGGGAGAGGCGAACGGGAGAUACGGAAGCACCCCCUUCGGGAUGCAUCUUCACGAGAACAAGCCGGGUAGUACUAUUAUAGCGAGACAGAACAGUGGCGUGAACGCCGACCCCAUCAUGUCGACCACGGAUCAGGGCAGCUGUUCGUCCGCCAGUGAUGUCGAAGCGGACGCCGGAACCUACAACACCUCCAGUCGCGCGGGUAGCCACCACUCUGCCGGUAGCUUCGUGCAGAAGCUGUCCAAUCUGCAAGGCUCCUCGCGGAACGGCUCGAACAACGACAUCACGCAGCUGCCACGCGCCGGAGGCACGAGUUCCUUUCGCGGGGCCACGGGCUCGGUUGCGGGGGGUGGAUCUUCUGCCUCGAGUGGUGCGGCGAGUUUUCGCUCUUCGAGGGCGGGAGACGGUAUGCAGUUCCGAAACAGCAACAAUCCCUUCGCGGAUAACGACCUCGGGGCAAACGAUUUCUCGACGGUCACGGGCGCUUUUGGGUCAGCUAGCACGGGAGCGACAGGUGGCACAACAGCAUCGCAACUACUGUCCGGCUCAGCUGCAAGUAUCAGCUCCUCCUUGUUGACGCCGUCGACUAACGAGAUGAAUAUUAACUCCGGCCUCGGCUCAAGUAGAGCUGUUCCAAACACGAGCCCCUACAACGGGAGUUUAAGUGGUGCCGCGCGGAUAAACUGCGGCACCAGUGCAGUCGAAAUGAACACGAAUGUCGUAGGCCGGAAGAGCAACGUGUUUCUCACGGAGAGGGAAAACGAACAGUAUGCGGACUACGACUGGCCGUCCAGUGGGGACAAGUCGGAUUCGCACCAACCGCGGCUCAGCGACAGCUUCCACGAUGCCGACAGUGAUCAGGAAGCUGCUAGCGGAGGGAACAACAAACCUCCGCCGUAUAGGCCGAUGCAGAUGGAGGACUUCAGUACAAUUUUUGUUCACUUGUUGUUGUUUCUAGUACUCAAUAUGUCAGCAGAGUAUAAGUGAGUUUGACUUUGGUCUUUUCUGUUUCUUGCGGAGUAAAUCACCAUCGGGAUUGAAACGAAAGGAAAAAGAAAAACCUUUUUCAACAGAUCGCCUAGCGAUAUCAGAACUGAAGCAGCGCCUCAAGGAGCAGAGUCUGCCGACGCACGGACGUAGGCAGGAGCUGAUCGAGCGCCUGGAAAAGGGAGUAUGAUAUUGCACAUCAUGUAUGUACGAGUAAGAAAUGCCGCAUCAUGUGAACCCAGAUCAGAACAACCAUACUAUCGUAAUCGCUCCGAAUAAGUACUUUGUGAUAGUAAGAUGAAAUCUGUUUAUUUCGACCUGGUUGUACUAACUCGGUUCAGUUUUUGCAAGUGUCAAACAAAAAGACACCAUUGUUUUGCAUUUCCUUUUUCGUCACUUUCUCACUCUGUCAACGAACUUGAAUACAGCAUAGCUGAACUUUUCAACGAAUGAACUACACUGCGCCGUAAGGUAAGAGCAAAGCAUCAAGAAAACGCUAAAGAGUAAGUGGAAAUUUCACUUUGAUGCAACGGCGCCGUUUAUAGGGCACCAGCGAAGUCACUACGCAAGCAAUCGUUGCGAGUGUUUCUGUCAAGGUAGGUUUAAAGAUUUGUACGCUCGGUGGUGCACUUCUUACAAUCUUCGGUAUAGGAGCGUCGGUUUUUCACGCUCUGCUCUGUGUCCAAAGAAUCGGUUCGUGCUCAUUCAAUGGUACCUGUUUUUGCAACGGAUUCAUUCUGGCAUCGUUCCAAACACCGCGCUCGUUCAGCCACGCCAAGCUCGGUUCGUGCACAAGAACAGAUUCCAUCGGAUGGCCGUUCCACGUGAACUCGUACGCAAAGUCAACAGUGUCAGAAUUGCCAUUCUAGCAGCGCAUACCCAAGCCUGUAUGAUCUAGUUGUUUUUCCGCAAAAA